ACGAGCAUCCAUUUAUUGAUUUUACUCAAAAAUUCGUUAAAAUUAAAUAAUAAUUAGAUAACUUUAAAUACUUUAAUUAUUCAAGAAGUAAUAAUGCAGUGGACAAAGAAAAUUAUUUUGUGUUUUUUAUUUGUGAGUGUCAGCGACUGCUACAACACCAAGAUGUUCGAUUUAUUGCCAUCAAAUGAUCAUCCGAUUUUUCACAAACAUACGGUAAUUUAUUUAUUCUUUUAAUUUUUAUCUGAAUAAUUAAUCAAUUGGAUGAUUUAUUUUUCAACAGUGACAGUUGCUGGAAAUGUGUUUUCCCAAUCAACUGAAUCCUGUGGCCAUUACCGCUGACCUGAUUGAUGUUAUGCACGAGACUCAAAGAAAUGAAGCUGUCGACUCGUCUCUUGUUGUCAUUGACAAGAAUUUCAAGUCUAAAGCGAUCAAAAAAUACUACCCACGGCACCCUACUUAUGUCCUAUCGACCGACUCAAUUGACCAACUCCAGACGAAUAUCAAUGAAAUAAAAUCCAGUGAAAUUUGGAACAUCGCUUCAGUGAUUGUUGGAAUAGGAAAAGAUUGUGACCGCGCAUCGAAAGUUCUCCAGAUGAUUUGGAAAAUCGAGGCCUUGUCUUCUUAUUACGUAUGUCAGCAUAGUUUAAGCAACAGGACCAUGAUCUACACCUUCAACCCUUACACGGAUCGAGCCCCCAAACCCUGGAAGAAAGAGAAGAUUGCAGACAAACCAGAUGACAGAUGGACAUUGUAUAGACAGCAAUUCGUCAAUAACAAAAGCAUGUGUUCCAGUCUUACUUUCGACAAAACUAAAUCGUUAGAUGGGUAUCCAAUAAAAGGCGCUACGAGUACCACCUUCGAAGAUAAGGUAAUGACUGGAGAACUUCCUACUGAAUUUUUCGAUUCCAGACCAACCAUGUAUAGAACUUUAGACGAUCUUAUUGCUGCAUCAAAUGUCACAUUGGUUGCUUAUCUAAAGAAAACUGAUGGUGGUAUCGACCCGGUCCUUUCAUUACUAUCAAAUGGAACCUAUGACAUGAUUAUAAUUUUCCAGCCUACGGGAUUUUUCGCCCCUGGAUCUGUUGACGUCGCUUCGUUGUAUUUUGAAAAUGGCUUCAUUAUAGUAACAAAGAAACAGAGUAUCAUACCGGCAAUCGAACAAGUAGUCGAUCAAGUAUUUACUAAACAAUCGAUGAUCAUGUCCUCUGUUAUUUUGAUCUUCAUAUUUAUGAUGAUUCUGCUGAAUCUCAAGUUCCAAUUCGGCGCGGCUGCUCUAGAUCUCUUGGCAUUGAUUCUUAACAUGGGAAUAUCGACUCCCAUGGAUAGGUUAUCAAUGCGCAUCACUCUUUUGAGUGCGGCUCUCUUUGUUAUGAUUUUCAACCCGGCUCUACAGGGACAAUUAGCUGCUGUAUUGACUAGACCAGGUACUAAAAAUAUUGAAACUUUACGGGAUCUGCGUGACAACAACUAUGAGGUUCACUACAAUUCAUAUAUUCAUGACUUGCUAGUAGAUAUACAAUUGUGGUCAAACGAUUCUUUUGACGUACAAUUAUUGUCGUGUUCGGAUAAUCUUGAAAGUUGCAGAGAAAGGAUUGAGCAAAAUAAUUCAGUUGCUUGCAUCAUAUUCGAUGCUUUUCUUGAUGAUAUAAAAUCUAGUGACGAGUUUCAUUUUUCGAAAGAGAAAUUGUUUAAAGGACAAGAAUGGCUCGUGGUUCGAAAUCAAUGGCCGUUGAAAAAGAAGAUCGAUGAAGUAGCCAUGAGACUUGUUGAGUCUGGUUUUAUCGAACACUCGGAAAGAGAGAAUGUGUACAAGAAUUAUGUGAGGAAACAAAAAUUGAUUAGAAGAAUUAAGAUGCGCGAACAAAAUGACCAAUUGGAUUUCGAGGAAUUUGAGUUGUUUUUGUUGUUUGUUGUACUCAGCGUAAUUUGGCUGUUCCUGAUUCUCCUUAUUGAGAUAAUUUGUAAAAAGAUGCAGGACUACCAUGAAAGACGUCUGCGCGAAUCGAAAUUGAGAAAAUUGAUAAUGAGAAGGAGAAUGGCGACUGCCUUUAGACAAAUGGCUUUUUUCGCCGAACAAAAUUGAUUAUUUUAAAUAUCACGUGUGCUGUGUUACUGUGCGUGUUUAUUUAUCGAUUGCUGUCGUGUGUUGCUUAAAUUACUGGCAAUAUCGCGUUUCGUUGACAUUCUAUCAAAAGACCUAUUAACCGUCGAAGGCACAAGGGCGUCAAAAAUUUUCUUUUCUAUAAUUUUCACUUUUUUUUCUUCGAAUAUAAAAAAAUCCAAAUUUUUGUUUUCUCACCAAUUCAAUUUUGGGAUUAAUUUUUUUACGUCCUUAUAGAUCCUGAGUAUUAGAAGGGCAUAUAAAAAAUUAUAUCAAACAAAAAAGAAAAAAAAUUAUCGGUAGAUUUAUUGUACUUUAGAUUUUAUUUUUGGUGAUGUAAAUUUUCUAAAUUCACAUUAUGAGUUUUAUUUGCCUGGAAAAAUAAAGUUGCGUAAAAUAUGUAGGUCAGUUAAUAUUUUCUGCAAAUUGAUUUUUCUAAAAGCGACAAUGUUGUGGCGGGAGAGAUAUUGACUACAAAAAUACAAAACUGCAAAGCGGACGGACACGUUUCCUUUGCCACCACGUCAACAGGAAUUUAUUUUUUUAUUUAUUUUAUUCCGUUAGUUACAGCCUGCAUAAUAUACGUGGCCAGUAACUAUUCGUUUAAAUUGAUUUUUUUCAAAGCAAAACCAUAAUAUAUAAAAAUGUGUUGGCAAACCGCGGAUGGACACGUAUCCUCUGCAACCACAGGAAGGAAAACACUAUUUGUAUGUUCAUUUUAUUCCGUCAGUUACAGCUGAAAAAUCGAAGAUAACAGACGCGUAUUUAACCUGCAUAAAUUUAUUGAUUUUGAAUUUAUUAUUUUAUUAAAUAAUUAUUGCACCAAAACAAUGACAAUGCAGUGGACGAAGGAAAUUAUUUUGUGUUUUUUAUUUGUGAGUGUCAGCGACUGCUACAACGCCAAGAUGUUCGAUUCUUUGUCAUCAAAUGAUCAUCCGACUUUUCACAAACAUACGUGACAGUUGCUGGAAAUGUGUUUUCCUAAUCAACUUAAUCCUGUGGUCAUUACCGCUGACCUGAUUGAUGUGAUGCACGAGACUCAAAGAAAUGAAGCUGUCGACUCGUCCCUUGUUAUCAUCGACAAGAAUUUCAAGUCUAAAGCGAUCAAAAAAUACUACCCACGGCAUCCUACUUAUGUCCUAUCGACUGACUCAAUUGACCGACUCCAGACGUAUAUCAAUGAAAUAAAAUCCAGUGAAAUUUGGAACAUCGCUUCAGUGAUUGUUGGAAUAGGAAAAAAUUGUGACCGCGCAUCGAAAGUUCUCCAGAUGAUUUGGAAGAUCGAGGCUUUGUCUUCUUAUUUUGUAUGUCAGCAUAGUUUGAGCAACAGGACCAUGAUCUACACCUUCAACCCCUACACGGAUCGAGCUCCCAAACCGUGGAGGAAGGAGAAGAUUACAAACAAACCAGAUGACAGAUGGACGUUGUACAGACAGCAAUUCGUCAACAACAAAAGCAUGUGCUCCAGUCUUACUUUCGACAAGACAAAAUUGUUAGAUGGAUAUCCAGUAAAAGGCGCUAUGAGUACCUACGGGAAAGAUAAAGUAAUGACUGGUGUACCUCCUAUUGAAUCAUACGGUUCCAGACCAACAAUGUAUAGAACUUUAAAAGAUCUUAUUGCUGCAUCAAAUGUCACAUUGGUUACUCAUUCAAAGAACAUUGAUUUAGUCUCUGUCGUUUCAUUAUUAUCAAAUCAAACCUUUGAUAUGAUUAUAUUUUUCCUUCCAUCUGCAUUUUAUUCCACUGGAUAUGUUGAUUUCGCUUCAUUCUAUCUGGAAAAUGGCUACGUAAUAGUAACAAAAAAACAAAGUUUUAUACCGGCAGUCGAGCAAGUAGUCGAUCAAGUAUUCACCAAUCAAUCGAUAAUAAUGUCCUCUGUUAUUGUGAUCUUUAUAUUUAUGAUGAUUCUGCUGAAUCACAAGUUCCAAUUCGGUGCGGCCGCUCUCGAUCUCUUGGCAUUGAUUCUUAACAUGGGAAUAUUGACCCCCAUGGAUAGGUUAUCUAUGCGCAUAACCUUCAUAAGUGCUACUUUGUUUGUUGUGAUUUUCAAUCCGGCUCUACAGGGACAAUUGGCUGCUGUAUUGACUAGACCAGGUACUAAAAACGUUGAAACUUUACGCGAUUUACAUGACAUCCAUUAUGUUGUUUACUACGAUCCGUUUCUCGAUAAGGAGCUGAUUAGGGCACAAUUAGGAUCAAACAUUUCUUUGGACAAACAUUUUAUUCCAGAACUUUUCGAUUUUCGGAAGUGCAAAUCUUUGAUUGGGCAAAAUAAUUCGAUUGCUUGCAUCAUAUUCGAUGCUUUUCUUGAUGAUAUAAAAUCUAGUGACGAGUUUCAUUUUUCAAAAGAGAAAUUGUUUAAAGGACAUGAAUUUCUCCUGGUUCGAAAACAAUGGCCGUUGAAAAAGAAAAUUGAUGAAGUAGCCAUGAGACUUGUUGAAUCUGGUUUUAUAGAACACGCAGAAAGACAAAAUGUGUACAAGAAGUACGUACGGAAACAAAGAUUGAUUAAUAGAAUUAAGAUGCGCGAACAAAAUGACCAAUUAGAUUUCGAGGAAUUUGAGUUGUUUUUGUUGUUUGUUGUACUCAGCGUAAUUUGGCUGUUCCUGAUUCUUCUUAUUGAGAUAAUUUGUAAAAAGAUGCAGGUCUACCAUGAAAGACGUUUGCGCGAAUCAAAUAUGAGAAAAUUGAUAAUGAGAAGGAGAAUGGCGGCUGCUUUUAGACAAAUGGCUUUUUUUGCCGAACAAAAUUGAUUAUUUUCAAUAUCACGUGUGCUGUGUUACCGGACGUGUUUAUUUAUUGAUUGCUGUCGUGUGUUGCUAAAGUACUGAUUAUCACUAAAAAAAUUACUUCUCCCUGACAAUAUCGUGUUACCGAUGUCGUGCUUUGGAAAUAUCUGCCAACCGUCGAAGGCACAAGGUCGUCAAAAAAAACUUUUUUCCUCUAAUUUUCACUUUCUUUUCUUCAGAGCAUAGAAAAUCGAAAUUUUUUUUUCUUCUCAUCAAUUCCAUUUCGCUUUAAUUUUUCUUACUUCUCUACGGGUCCCGAGUAUUAAAAGGACAUAAAUAAAAAUGAUAUUGAAUAAAAAAAAAUUUUUUAAUGCUCUCUGACAUCUAUGACUCGAAAUGUUUUAUUAUAAAAAAUUAAACAAUUAAUUUCAGAAUUAUGAAAUUUUUAAACCACAAUAAUCCAAGUGUUUCAUUGUUUAUUUAAUAUGUCGCGUGAUACCGAGGAGGGGUGGGUAAAACGGACCACUCAAAAAAUUUUUUUUUUUCCACAAUUGAUUUUAUAAGUGUCACCCAUGCUUCUUAUCACCAUUUUUAAACAAUUUCGAAUGAUCAAAAAUUGUUUCUUACGUUUUUCGGGGAUGGACCGCUUUGCCCGCUUGGGAAAAAAAUUUUUUCGAAGGCUUCUGGAAAUUUGGUUAAAUGACCUCAAAUGAAAGUCAAAAAAUAAGAUCCGAAGAAUUUGAAUCCACAAAAACUCAUUACUUAUUUAGUGGUCCCGUUUUGCCCACCCUUUCACUAUUUUAUUAUUAAGAGUAGAAAAUUUGUUGUAUUUUCUUAUUAAUAUUUUGUGUAAAAUUAUUGUCAAUUUGUUGAAGCACAAAAAAUUAUAAAU